UAUGCAAAUGAUCCGUCAAGAACCUGCACGAUCGCCUGCCAGUCCUGCCGCCGCCGCAUCCUCGGGCCCUUCUCCCCCUCACCGGAAGUGCCCGACCGGUUGGCGGGGGAGGGGUCGCGCCGGGCAACAUGGCGGCCGCCACCGCCUCUCCUCAGGAGCCCGCUGGGCGCGCCGGCCUGGCUCUGGGGCGUCCCCCGCGCUCGACUCCCCGCGGCGUCCUCGAGCGCCCGGCUGGUCCGUGGGAGCUGGUGAGGCCUUCGGUGACGGAUCUCUCGCGGGCCGUCCGGAGCAACAUCCUGUGCACCGUGCCGGGCUGCGGCAAAGUGCUGCCCAACCCGCCGGCGCUGAGCAUGCACCUCCGCAAGGCCCACCGCGUGGAGCAGGAUGAGAAAAUAAAUCCUGCAACAAAGAAAGACUUGAAAGCACGACAGAAAUACUACUGCUGUCCCAUUGAAGGCUGCCCAAGAGGACCCGGAAGGCCUUUUUCACAAUUUUCUCUUGUAAGACAGCACUUCAUGAAAAUGCACGCCGAGAAGAAGCAUAAAUGUGAUAAAUGUAAUAAUUCCUAUGGCACCAUAUGGGAUUUGAAGCGACACAUCGAGGACUGCGGCAAGACCUUUCAGUGUACUUGUGGCUGCCCCUAUGCCAGCAGGACGGCCCUGUUAUCACAUAUUUAUAGAACUCAGCAUGAGAUCCCUGUUGAACACAGGGAUCCACCGUGUAAGAAACGGAGAAUGGAAAUGGCAGCCUCCAAUCAUCAGCUGGGAGAAGAAGCAACAGAAAGCUCUGGCGAUGCUGCUAGCCGACGUGCUGGUACUAAAGACUUGGAGACAUCCGAGAUAAAACUUGCAACCUCUUUAGAGGAUUCCACCCAUUGCUGUACCACUAAGCCAACACAGGCACAACCAAAAAAUGCACCAAAGUUGCUUCUACCGAAGCCCAAAGUAGCUCUGGUUAAACUUCCUGUAAUGCAGCUUACUCACUUGCCCGUAUGCCUGUUGGCACCAGACUCUUCUGUGAAACCCGUCGUCGUUGCUGUGGAUGACAAAGGCUCUGUAAUGAGCACGGUUCACUUAAUGCCUCUGCCGGUAGGAAUUGUACUACCAACGAUGGAGGCUGAAGCACUUACUUUUAGAGACACAGCACCCCUUUCAAAAACCAAAAGCUCUGUCAGCUUUGAGCCGGUCAGCACAGGAAUCCAAGUCGAUUUGGGUAAAGCGGCCUCAAAUAGUGCAGUGCAGGGUCUGGAAGCCGUAUGUUACAAGAACGGGAUCUGUUCCACAGACAUCCAGACGGACCUGUCCUUUAUUGCACAGAACUUUGCACCCUCUGCGUCUUGGGCUCCCGAUUCCUCCGUGUCCUCUUGUUCUCAAACCGAUCUGACGUUCAGUUCGCAAGUUCUGCUGCCCAUUAGCGUUCAGACACAGACUCUGUUGCCGGGUUCGAAGCCGACCUCAUCCAUCGCUGCCCAGACGGAUGCUUUUGCCCACGCUUGCUUUCAGUCAUGUGGAAUUUCGAGAGAGACUCAGACCAACAGGUCCCAGAAGGGGAUGGAUGGAAGAGUACAAAUGGACCAGGCUGUGAUGUGCAAUGACAUUUUUGACGAUGUUACUUCGUCGUUCGAUUCAUCCCCAGUGGUCCUUUCUGGCAGCAGCUUGAUUGCCAGUGAGCUGGAUCAGAACCUGCUACAAAGAGAAACCUGCAAGUCUUUGAGUCAGGACGCAAAAUCCGAGGCGAUGAUCAACUUCAGCACACAGCAUAAUCUGCUUCCGCAGCAAGUUAUGACUGACAACCAAACUCAGACCAUGGAGUUAUUGAGUGACCUUGAAACUAUUUUUUCAGGUAAUACUGCUGAGCAAUCAUUACAUAACCGUGGUCUUCUGACAGAUGCUAACCCUCACGCUGAACCACCCCUGCCUUCUGGCCCUAACCAGAAUGCAGCAAUAGAUUUUGACAUUGAGGAUUUCUUCACUGCCUCCAAUAUCCAGACUCAGACAGAGGAGGCUGAAUUCGGUAACUUGACCUCAGAGCCGGUCUUGGAAUCACUGGAUAUUGAAACUCAAACGGACUUAUUUUCAGACAACACGGUGCAGCCAUACAACUGCAGAGGUAACGUGAACUUUUUGGGCCUGGAGAUGUUUGACACGCAGACCCAGACCGACUUGAACUUCUUCUUGGACAGCCCCCAUCUGCCUCUGGGCAACAUCCUGAAGCAGUCUGCCUUCUCCAUGAGCACAGACUCAUCUGACACAGAGACACAGACAGAAAUGCAGCUUCUGGAGAGAAACGCCUUAAGCCAGGUGGCCGAGAGCAAAGUGCAGCUGAACAGUGCCGAGACACAGACUAUGGACAGCUGCUUUGAAACCUUUAGUAGCUUAUUCCUUACGAGCAACGAGACUCAGACUGCCAUGGACGACUUCUUACUGGCUGACUUGGCCUGGAAUACAAUGGAGUCACAGUUCAGCUCGGUAGAAACGCAGACUUGUGCAAAACUGUGCUCUUUGUUUCAGGAUUCUGACAAGGCCGGCCAGUGAGUGCUGUUUUCACGAAAACAGCUUUCCUUGAGAAUAUAAGUUGUUUCGGGUGAAGAAACUGACAAGUCGGCUCACUGAAUGUAACGGACGCCAUGGGGUUGGUUUACAAACCUUGUCAUGGUGUAAGGUGCUUUAGAUGCUGUGUGUGUGGGACAGGCAUGAUCCUGUUUGCGUAUUUUCACUACGACGUGUCAUUGUGUGUUUGAGCACUUCGGAACUGAAGGCCUACAGGUGCCUGCUUUGUUAAGCUGAGGGUUGUGGGGGGGGGGGAGGAUGGUGUGUAUUCAAGUUCCUAACUCAUAGCCUUCACUCAUGUCGUUUGAACUGACACUUGAAGUGUACAGAAUCUUUGACCCAGAACCAGGGUGUUUUUUUUAAUUCAUUGCUCAUAUCCAAAAUCCUGAGCAUGUAAACCUUUCCCCACCUUUAUUCCAGGGUUGGUUCACAGUUUGAAAUAGUUGUAUCAUGAUCAUACCCAAUGCUUCCCGCUGAUUAACUCUGAAGCACGUUUGCUAAACUGUGAGCCUGUGCCCCUCAGGCGUGCAGCGGCAUGCUGGGUGCAUUCUUCAAGUGCAGCCAACAUUAACUGAGUUUUUUCUGACUUGUAAUAAGCUUGUAUAGCCCAAGCUUUCUCCUCCUGAUUAUAUGUGGGAGAAUAGCGGAAUCUGAAAGUUGCAGAAAUGCGGAGUAUUCUGUUCCGUCGUUGCUCCUGUCACUUAGGUAGAAGAGGGGAAAGCAUCUGAACAUUCUUGCUGAAUGUCACAUACUCUUGGCAAGCAGGUAGCUUUAAGGACACUGGCUCUGAAACAAAAUUGUGUAUCCCAAUGACUGCUGUUCAGCGGUUUCUUGGGAACGUCAGUCAUAAGGCUAAUAACUGGAAAAAUAAAGAUGCUGUUAGCUCCGAGCAAGUUCACUACAUAGGUUUCCCGCCAGCUAAUAUAGCUGGUUUAUCAGGGCCCCUGUUGACUUGUGUACAACCUCAGCUCUUCAAAAUGAUCCUACUUGCUGCUUGAAAUACAGUUGUAGUGAAUAAACUGCUGAAAUGUGCUGCUAUGGGUUCCAAAAAUCUAAAAACGGAGGUUCUCUUGGCUCAAUCUGUCGGUAUGGAGUUGCCAUUCCUUCAUUUCCCAAACAGUUUCCCUUUCAGGUUUCCCAUAUUCCGAUUUAUCUGACAAUCUCUCCACACUAGCUACAAGUGUUAGUAGCCGCUUAGUGGCUCCAUUAAUGUUCUGCAGUUGUGUUAUUUUUUUAUCUGAAGGAGAAUGAUAAUCUGUGGAAGAUACUUCAGUUAAUCUCGCUCAGGUCUUUUCCUUCAUUUUUUUUUUUUUGCAGGACUGCAUAAGUGUUUCCCAGACUUCCCUGAAAGUGCUGUUGGAACGAGACCCAGCGUCUGGGCCUUGUAGCUUAGUGACAGAGUACAUUACAUGGUUACUUCAGUCUGAGUGGCUUUUUUGUUGUUGCCAAGGCACAGAGCUCUUCAGAAUUUUACUCCAGAAUGCCUUGGUUUUCAGCUUGUAGAGCGAAAGUAAUUUUUCAGCACCGACAUGGAAGGCACUGAUAUCAGAGAGGUUUCUGCAGUCAGUACGCAAGCUUUUUUGACAGAAGGGGAUUUAGCAGUCUCGGGGUGUAUUGGUACACCUCCAUGAACAGAAACCAGGGGGUCCCAAGCGUUAGCUGUACAUUUGAGUCCAGCCUACACAUGUAGCAAGAUCAAACGGUAGAAUUCUAAGACUGCAGACUAGAUUGCAACCUGUCAGCAAUGAACAUUUAACAAUAUUUUUCUGCAUCUGGAUGUGGGAAAGUGAAAAAAACUGGCAAAACACAAGGAAAAGGAGGGCCUCGUAUCUUGCUGAAUCACUACAUCAUUACUUUCUGGGAGCUUUGGUAUGAGAGCAUCCAAAACCAGCUUUGCAGCCAGUAGUGGUCCAGUUCAUUUCGUUACUUUAGAGCUUUACCACUUCGUUUACCAGUUUGUGCAAGGCCAGGCUUAAGCAACCUGUCACUAUACACUACUGGAGCAUGGUACUAUCUGUGUGUUUCCAGGGACACACAGUUGAUGUUGAAAUACAACCUUUUGAGAUGUCGUGAAGCCGUGGAGGAAAGAGAAGUGUGGGUUUCCAGGGAAAGUUCACUUGGAGGAACUGAAAUAAAUGUAACGAUCAGGGACUGGUUCACUUAUCUGAGUCACGCAGCGGCUGUGUUGGGGGGGAGGGCAUAGUUGAUCUUGCUCCACCCCCUCCCCUCCUGCUUGUCUACAGCACAGGGCGCGACAACAACUCCCCACCUUCCUGCAGUGGGCAGUCACCACUUUCCUUAUCAUUUGACUGGACUGACACAGUGGCACUGCUUUCUCUUUGUUCCCCACCUAUCUUCCUGACUCUCCUAGUGUGAGAUUUUGGUAUUUUUGUGAAAAUGUUAAUGGGGAAAUAUUUUUUGUAUUUUUCUGCAAAUCUGGGGAUUCUCCAUCUCUGUAGAGAAAUACCUCCUAUCACUUCCUGGUCCCAUUCUCUGGAUCAAAUGAUCUGCAAGAGAGCCAGGCUCAAAAUUAGAUCUAGGAUGCUUAUCAAACCUGAUCACGUAACUGCUUCAACGACAUAAAAUGCAUAGUUCAUAGCAUAUCGGAUUAUGGUAUUUGGCAUAUAUAUAAUACACAUUCACAUGAAAUUUAAAGGCGUCGAUACCUUUGUUUUUCUAUAAGUAAAAUGAUGAAUGUACCAAAUACCAAAGAGCUACAAACUAUAGCUGACUGUACUGCCUUUGCAGUUAUGCCAGCUGAGACGUUAAAAAAAUCAAAAAUAAAACUCAGGUUGCAGUAUGCAAAAUAUUUGAGUAGCCUUAAGUAAUCACAAACAGGAUUAGCAUAUUUGGAUAAAGAAUCACUUCACAAGAUUGAAAAAACUUUACUCUUCAGUUAAUCUAUUAUAUGUAUUUUAUGUCAUUGUAGACAAAAUUAGUCUCAUUUUAAAAUAUUCUUGAAAAUACGUUGUGCAUGCCCACUAUGUUAGGGUAUGCCGUGGUUCAGUGAAUUUACAUACAAAAGGUCCCAGGUUCAAUUUUGUCUUGUGAGCUUUCUCAAGUAUGCCUGGACAGGUGGCAUACAAAUUUUCCAAAUAAAUCCCUGGUGUCAGUACUUAAAACAGUUAGAUGGAAGGUGUUAUGAGACCCUGGAGAAGUGUUACCUCUUAGUAGAAAGAUUUUCCUUGAACAGAUAUAUGAUAAUUUAUUUGUUUCUCUUGUGCCUUCAUAUUGUGCCCUCCUCCUAGCUAGCUUCUAUUCCAGAGUGGGAGUUUGAGCCCAAGUCUCAGAUCCUAAUCCAUCACUCUAACCACUGCACAGUGCUCUUCUCAGGUUUCUGUAGGAAUGAGAGACCUGAUCUGCAUUGGAGUUGAUACCACAGAUCCUUGCUCUCUUCUGAGCUGGAGUUAUCUUCAACUCAGCCAGUGUGGUGUAGUGGUUAAGAGCAGUGGACUCAAAUCUGGAGAACCGGGUUUGAUUCCCUACUCCUCCAUUUGAGCGUCAGACUCUAAUCUGGGGAACCAAGUUUAAUUCCCCAUUCCUCCACAUGAGUGGCAAACAAAUCCAGAAAACCAGAUUUUGAUUCACCACUCUUCCGUAUAAACCGUGCUGGGUGACUUGGGAUAGUCACAGUUCUCUUAGAACUCUCUCAGCCCCUCCUACCUCACCAGGUGUCUGUUGUGGGGAGAGGAAGGGAAGGAGUUUGUGCUUUGACUCCUUAUAGUUGAGAAAAGCGGGGUAUAAAUCCAAACUCUUUUUCUUCCUAGUAGAUAUGAGUCCCACAUCUUUUCACAGAAGACCUCAUCAGCCACAGUCUAUUCUUGUGGACAAUAAACCUGAAAAAAUGUGUCCAUACAAAGUUAUGGAGAAGCUAAACCUUCAUUUAUGCACUGGUAACUUGUGGUUCUAAUCCUUUUUCCUUAAUACGGAGAUACAGGAAGCCUGUUUCUCCCACCCUUGUUGAUGGUCAUCUGUGCCAGUGCAGUGGAUCAACCAUGAUUGUGGACAGCAGCAUAAUGUGGCAUGCACAUCUGAAUUCAUUUAGUUAGCACACUUUUUACCUGCCCUUGGUGCAAGUCCAAAGUAAUUCUAUUGUCUCAUCGUUUUGUUUUGCCAAAGGGACCGAAGCUUAAAUACCUCCCUGGUGGUAUAGCCCUGCAGAGAGCAAAUCCCCUUAGCAAACUGGGGGAUGACAGUUUCUCUGCCUCAAUCCUAUGUACACAUUUGAGGCAUUUUAUUGUUUAAAAUUUGAUUUGAUUUCUAUCCCGGCCUAUCCCUGCAGGGCUCAGAGCAGGUCACAACACAAAUGAUAAUUUUCAAGUAGGAUCUGCAGACCGCCAUACUCAAAGGUAUAUCUAAAUAGCAACUGCUGGUUAGUAGGUGGCAGCAGAAACAAAGGACUAGCAGAGAGGCAAGAUGGAGGAUAGAUGAUAAAUUGCCUUUUCACUAACUACUAGGUUGGGUUUUUUUUAUCAACUUGCAGGGAUAGUUCUAGAGAAUUGCACUUUCACACGCAAUCAGAGCCAUUAACUGCUUGCUGGCCAGAAUGUGUUGCAGUGUGAGUAGAAUGGUUCACUUGUUUAUAAAAAAAAAUUAGGCAAUUUUUUGCUGUCAACAUGUGAUAGGUCAGAUAAAUCUAGGUGCUAAUCCUGGCUUAUCUGAGAAUCCCAAGGGACUUGCUUCCCGCUAAAGCAGCAGAUAGUUACGUUGUAUAUAAACUUGUAUUUGGGCUUCAGCAUGUCUGAUAACAGCUUGCUUGACAAAUGCUCCUCCGCACAAAAACAUUGCCUAUACAUUAACAAAAAAUCUAGCAUGUUUGGAUAAGUAAUCUGAAUCCACACCCUAUCACUGCCUGUUUUGUAAGGAGAAGCAAUCUUGCAAACUCCCAAUUCCAUUCUACAGAGCAAGCCAAACAUCAGGUUGGAUCCAACUAGUCAAGGCUCGGUUGGGGACCAAGGGAAGUUCUUGGUCACACAACCCAUGCAGGGGGCUGUGAUAAAGAAAGAGAUUGGAUGGGGAAAGCUGGCUGGGUCUACCCCAUGAGCAUUACCAGCUCAGUUAGAAGCCUCCACUGAACAUGACUAGUUGGCGCAAUACGUCCACCGCAAGUUGCCCACAAUUCAAGCUGAAAUGUGUAAGUUGUCCUCUAGUGUGUCCGCUGUAGUGCCGAUGAUGCUUGCCGGACAUUUGUCUCUGAGUUAAGUAACACCAUGUUGGACUAUGUUGAUGUGUGUUGUUAACGUGUCCUUUAUCUGCCCUACCCACUUCUAAAGGCUGCAUCCACACAUCCGUGGAUAACAUGCUGCUAUUGUGCUGUCGCAGUCGUUCACUUCCUGGAUUUCCUUGUUCUUAACUCCCCACCCGUGAAAGGAAAAGGCAGUUGUGAAUUAUUUCUGUAGCACAAUAUCCAGCAAGGCAUAGACACAGGCCUGCCCAGAAACUGCAAAUACGAAAGCAGUGUGUUUGAUCAGGAUCCUGCUUCUGGAGAAUGAAUUUAUUUCCUCACACAAAGGAUAGAUGAGUGUGUAUCAGACGAGAAGCUGGACAAAGGUAAAAAGCCAGAGUAAAAUGCAAAUGCGGGGGAGGGGGGUGUUUCCUGUUGAAGGAGAUUGUCAUGUGAUCAGUCAUUGCAGGUUUGAGAUCUGGACGGAAGCUUGUGAAAUGCAGCACUCCAUUCUCAUUGCCGCUGCUAACUCCUUAACUACUUUCUGCUGAAGUUGUGAGCGUGAAAAGACUGCUUUUCUCAUCUCCACAGUGCCUGCUUUGCUUUUAAAGAAAAAAAGUCAGAGGAUUAACCUUGUCGCUUCUUAAAUAUAGUCACACUUGCAAGCAGCUAAGUGACAUGAAAUGCCAUCGUUAGAGCCGUGCAUGCAUGCUGUGAUCAAUUUAGUACUAGUGAAAUUGAUGACGAUCCCUGUGGAGCACAGCGACAAGCUGCAGCACUGCAGUCAAAGCUCUGCCUGCGUCCUGAGUUCAAUCCUGAUGGGAGUUGGUUUCAGGUACCUGUCUUAAGGUAGACUUAGCCAGUGGUGGGAUUCAAAUAAUUUAACAACUGGUUGUUUACAAGCACCAUUUUAACAACCGGUUCUGCCGAAGUGGUACGAACCGGCUGAAUCCCACCACUGGACUUAGCCUUCCAUCCUUCCAAGGUCAGUAAAAUGAGUACCCAGCUUGCUGGAGGUAAAGUGUAGUCUGGGGAAGGCAAUUGCAAACCACCCCACAAACAUAGCCUGCCUAGUAAACCUUGUGAUGUGGCAUCGGCCCAUGAGUUAGUCAUGACCCGAUGCUUGCCGAAGGGACUACCUUUACCUUUUUAUUUUUAAACCUUAGUAUGAUUAAGCAAAGAGAACCCAACUUACGAUUGCCUCUGCUUUCGGCUAAUGAAAUUGUAAAGCAGAGUUUCCUCUGUACGUUUAGAUGCUUGCGUGCACAGCUGUAUGCACACUGUUGCAAAUAUUGUGAGCUUUAAAUAAUUUCUUGUUGUGAAGAAAGGAAUGAAACUCUUCAAGGUAGAGGCCCACAUGUAUGAAAUGAAAUGUAAGCACAAAGACUAACAAAUAAAGGUAUUUCUACCUUAA